AUGGCUUCCUUGGCUUCAUAUAACGAUGGCUUCAGUCGUAUCCAGUUGUACUUAGUCACUCUCGUUUCCAUCCUAGUCAUUCUACUGACCUUGUCAAUCUUUCAUUCGAUUUUUCUCUCCCCAUACUGCCACAUUCCGGGUCCUCUGCUAUGCAAGUUGAACAAAUGGUGGAUCACAUUCCAUGAUCUCCGCCGACAACGUCCUCAGAAGAUUGCGGAGUGGCACGCCAAGUAUGGUCCCAUCGUCCUGAUAGCCCCUGGGGAAGUGUCUAUAGCAGAACCCACGGCAAUGCGUGAGAUAUAUAGCUCUUCCGGCCGCCAUGAAAAAAGCUACUACUUCGACAACUUCAUUACGCACAACGAGCGUUCCAUUUUUGCAGAGAAGGGCUAUCAGUCUCAUCGUCAAAAGCGUCGUCUGACGUCUUCAUUCUACCAAGCGACAUCCGUACUGAAGCCGACAAUUGAGGCUCCGAUGCGUGGCCGGGUGUCAGCCGUUCUUGAACAACUCCAGUUGCGUCUCGGCCUCGGCUCUGGGAGCGUUGACAUCUUCCCUCUUGUCAACCAUUACGCCUGGGACAAUAUCACACGUCUGGUAUAUGGGCCGCGUCACUGUUCUCAAAGCGUCGAGCAAGACUGCUACGAGCGUACCCUGCUCGUCGGCCUCAAACAGACUGAAUGGUGGAACACACUUCGAAACAACUUUCCACUAGCCCACAGACUAUUCCAAUUCUGCGGUGCACUAGCAACGGGAUCCAAGGACUUCCUCACUGCUGAGUAUGAUCUCAGUACUUGGAGCCAUCAGAAGUUGAAGACUGCAGCCAAAGAUACAGAGGUCUCCGUUGACCACUCGCUCCUUCGGCGCCUUGGCGAGCUUAAGACAGCAGAAGGCCUGCCACUGUCGUCCAAUUACAUCGAAUGCGAAGUUCUGGACAACCUUCAUGCAGCUCAAGCAACCGUGACUGUGGCUCUUGCAUACGUUAUUUACCACCUCAGCAAGCAUCCAGAGUGGCAGGAGAAGGUUCGACAGGAGCUUUCUAGUCUCCCGAAAGAGUCAGAUGGUUUCCCAUCCUUCUCUAGCAUCGACGCAGCGCCGAUAUUCAAUGCUUGUGUCCGAGAAGCCUAUCGCCUGAACCCUGGCUCAAGCGGACGCGCAGAGAGAGUUAUACCCGUGGGAAAACAGUACGCUGAUGUCUUCAUUCCAGCAAACUCCAUAGCUUCCGCUUCCACAAUUGCUCUUCACAAUCUUCCAAAUCUUUUCCCAUCGCCUAAGACUUUCGACCCGCGGCGAUGGCUGGAUGCAUCACCAGAGCAGUUGAGAGUACAGGAAACUGGCUUCAUACCAUUUGGGUAUGGAGCGCGCGUCUGUCUGGGUAAAGCGUACGCUACACUGGAAAUCAAGCUUCUGACUGCCGCAAUUCUUCUCGAAUAUACAACCCACAUAGAUGAGGCCGCAGGGACAGAAAAUAAUAUGCGGCAAGCUGGUACGCAGGAUGCACUGCCUAGAGGUUUGAGGUGUGAUAUUGGGUUUAGAAAGCUACAAUAG